GUGCAGGCCGGCAGCCGGAUGCCCGGGCCCAUCGGGCGGGCCGGCGGCCGCCUGCGGGAUGAGCAGACUGCUGGGGGGGACGCUGGAGCGCGUGUGCAAGGCUGUGCUCCUUCUCUGCCUGCUGCACUUUCUUGUGGCCGUCAUCCUCUACUUUGACGUCUACGCCCAGCAUCUGGCCUUCUUCAGCCGCUUCAGUGCUCGGGGCCCUGCCCGUGCCCUCCACCCAGCUGCCAGCAGCAGCACCAACUUCUCUCGGCCCAACGCCACUGCCCCCAGCUCGGGGCUCCCUGAGGCUCCCAGUGCCCGGCCGGGCCCCACGGCUCCCAUCCUGCCUCCCUGUCCUGACUCGCCGCCUGGUCUUGUGGGCCGACUGCUGAUUGAGUUCACCUCACCCAUGCCACUGGAGCGGGUGCAGAGGGAGAACCCAGGCGUGCUUCUGGGCGGCCGCUAUACGCCACCUGACUGCACGCCCGCCCAGACAGUGGCAGUCAUCAUCCCCUUUCGACACCGGGAGCACCACCUACGCUACUGGCUCCACUAUCUGCACCCCAUCCUGAGGCGACAGCGGCUGCGCUAUGGCGUCUACGUCAUCAACCAGCACGGUGAGGACACCUUCAAUCGGGCCAAGCUGCUCAACGUGGGCUUCCUAGAGGCGCUGAAAGAGGAUGCCACCUAUGACUGCUUCAUCUUCAGUGACGUGGACCUGGUCCCCAUGGAUGACCGAAACCUGUACCGCUGUGGUGACCAGCCCCGCCACUUUGCCAUUGCCAUGGACAAGUUUGGUUUCCGGCUGCCUUAUGCUGGGUACUUUGGAGGUGUGUCGGGCCUGAGUAAAGCCCAGUUUCUGAGAAUCAAUGGCUUCCCCAACGAGUACUGGGGCUGGGGUGGCGAGGAUGACGACAUCUUCAACCGGAUCUCCCUGACUGGGAUGAAGAUCUCGCGCCCAGACAUCCGCAUAGGCCGCUACCGCAUGAUCAAGCACGACCGGGACAAGCAUAACGAGCCCAACCCGCAGAGGUUUACCAAGAUUCAAAACACGAAGCUGACCAUGAAGCGGGAUGGCAUCGGGUCAGUGCGGUACCAGGUCUUGGAGGUGUCUCGGCAACCGCUCUUCACCAAUAUCACAGUGGACAUUGGGCGGCCCCCAUCAUGGCCCCCUCGGGGCUGAUACUAAUGGACAAAGGCUCCCAGUACCAAGGAUUGCCUGCCAGAGGACUGACCUAUAUAGCCUGGCUGGUGGUUGCUCUAUGGGGGAUCUCCCAGGACUGAGACUGUGGGCUCUGUUUCCGGAGGGUCUUCAAUAGGCCCCCCCUGCAGCUGCACCUGGAAGUUUCAGAACCUACUCUGGGGGACUUCCAACCUGGGCAAGCCCCUCAAGUGUGGCCCUCUCUGGGGUCAACCCUUCUUCCUGCCCCUUCCUCCCCAGCCCAGCCCUCCCUCACCGUCAGGGUCGGGCCAGCCCCUGCACUGCCUCACCGAGUGGCCUGGGCUAGGUCACUCCACCUCUCUGUGCCUCAGUUUCUCCCCCCUUGAGUCCCUCUAGGGCCUGGAAGAGUGGGAGGUAUGACUAGGGGGCAGUGUCGCUUCCAGGGGGAAUUCUCAGACCUGAGGAUCCCCCGUACUCCCAGGGGAGGGGAAACCUUUUUCAUUCAACAUUGUAGGGGCAAACUCUGGUGCGCCCCCUGCUGAGGAGCAGCCCCAGGAGGGGACCAGAGGGGGUGCUGUGUCGCUGCCCGGGAUCUUGGGGUUGGGCUUUGCAUGCGGGGCAGGCGGGGCUUAGAUCAGUCAGUCAGGUUCUUGCCUCCCUGUCUCGGAGAGAAGGCAGUAGCCCCAGGGCCGGCUCGUUGUUUGUACAUUGCACAGAAACUUGUGUGGGUGCUUUAGUAAAAAACGUGAAUGGAGCA